AUGUCCAAAGAGUCAACCAGAAUUAUCAACCAGUCUCUAGAUGUGUUGUCAAGGUUGGUAGAAUCAGAUACCAACGUUUCCAUCAUCGAUUUAAAUUUGUUGGAGAAUUUAAACACCAAUCAAUCGUUGAACUACAUCAAGUUGGAAAAGGAGUUGGAGCAAAUAAAAGAAAAUAGUAAAAAGUUGGUACAACUAAGUAUGUAA